AUGAGUGAAGGAGCUACACAUCCGCUAUUAUCCAAACGAUUUAUAAAACGACAUCAUGUCAAAUUUGCCAUUCGAAUUUUAAUUGGAUUAACUUUAGCACAUCUUGUUGGUGAACAAUUUCGGCCAAGUCAUGCUGCUGUUUCAUCAACACGAAAACAUCGAUUGACAAAAACAACGACUAGGAGCGGUACUCAGAAAACACAAACUUUCUUUACGAAUAGCAAUUACUAUUUAGAAAUAAUCAAUGAAGAGCAAACAUCUGCGCCAACAAUCAGUUGGCAACCGGGGCAAAUGAAGAAUUGUACCGAACCAGCUAUCAAUGAAUUUCCCGACGAUCUAUUUAGUCAAUCUCAGCGACGUCACGGAGCGAUUAUAUUCCAUCUAUUAGCGUGUAUUUAUAUUUUCAUUGCGAUUGCCAUCGUUGUUGAUGAAUAUUUUAUUGCUGCGCUUGACAAAUUGUGUUCGACAUUAAAUCUUGAUGAAGACGUGGCCGGCGCCACAUUUAUGGCCGGUGGAUCAUCAUCACCGGAACUUUUUACUGCACUUAUUGGUAUUUUUGUGGCAAAAGGAGAUGUUGGAGUUGGAACAAUUGUCGGCUCGGCAGUAUUCAAUAUUGUAUGUGUAAUUGGAAUUUGUGGGUUAUUCGUCAAUGAAGCCAUUCGAUUGACGUGGUGGCCACUCUGUCGAGACUCAGCUUAUUACGCAAUCUCAAUUGUGUUUCUUAUCAUUUGUUUAUCCGAUAGUCGCAUAACUCUAUUCGAAUCGAUGUUUCUGUUGAUUAUGUAUGCAGGAUAUAUUGUCAUUAUGUGCAACAAUCAAAAACUACAACAAUUAGUGGUACAACGAUGGCAAAUCUUUCAAACAUUCAAUGCACCUGAAGAACCGAUCAUGAACUAUGCACAUACGCAAAAGACGUAUGGAAUGGCGAAUAGUCAUCAAGAUUAUGGAAAUGAAAUGGAUAAUUCUUCGCGAGUUCCAGUUGAUGAACUCAUUGCUAUGUCGCGUGUUUCCAUGGAUUUUCGAACGAUAAUAUUCAAACUAAUGAUGACUAAGCAUUUUCAAGGGCGUACACGAUUUCAAAUGGCUGUUCGGUUUGUGAUUAGUCAAAAGCAAUUACGUGCUAGACGAGGCGUCACUCGUCCACAAAAGCCAGUCGGCGAUCGACGAUUUUCGUUCUAUCAAGGUCGAACACCGAGUCUAUUAGCAAGUGAUUUGAAUUAUAACGAUUGGAAAAACAUUCCAAAUCAUAAUUAUGAUCCGAUCGGUUUUGCUAAAUGGGCGUGCCUUGCGCCGAUCAAAAUUGUCUAUCACUUCACGAUUCCUGACUGUCGAGAUCCAAGACGAUCUCAUUGGUAUCCAUUGACAUUUGCUGUGGCGAUUUUUUGGCUAUGUUUAUUGACGUACCUCAUGGUUUGGAUGGUGACAGUGAUUGGAUUUACUUUUGGUAUACCAGAUAGUGUCAUGGGUAUAACGUUUCUCGCCGCCGGUAGUAGCGUUCCAGAUGCACUUAGUAGUGUAUUGGUUGUUCGUCAAGGUCUUGUGGACAUGGGUGUGUCAAAUACAUUUGGUUCGAACAUAUUCGAUCUGCUGAUCGGACUUGCUUUGCCAUGGUUUUGUAAAACAUUGAUUAGCGGCGAAGUCGUACAUAUCAAUUCGAAUGGAUUGAUGUAUGAUUCAGUUUUACUUCUUGGUAUUGUUGCUGUAACAGUGCUAAGUAUACAUGGUAGAAAAUGGUAUUUAGAUAAAUUUCUUGGUUGUUUCUUUCUUGCUGUUUAUGCAAUCUUCGUGAUUUUUUCUUUGUUAAUCGAAAUGAAUGUUUUCGGUUUUGUCAACCCACCAAUGUGUCAAAUAUAA